GGCCAAUCCGUGCAGCGCGGAGCGGGGCGGACCCAGGGAAGCGCAAGGAUCGAGACGAGCCGCUGCCGCCACUGCCGCGGCGGGGGUCGCGGAGGGCGGGGGCGGCCCGGGCCGCUGCGGCAGACAUGGCCCAGAACCGGGACGGCGGGAACCCCUUCGCCGAGAGCGGCGAGCUCGACAACCCCUUUCAGGACCCCGCCGUGAUCCAGCACCGACCCAGCCCGCAGUAUGCCACGCUUGACGUGUACAACCCUUUUGAGACGGGAGAGCCAGCACCAGCCUAUGCGUCUCCUGCUCCUGGCCCGCUGCCUCCACCCUCCGCUCCCACUUUGCAGUCCUCCAGGAAGCUCAGCCCCACAGAACCCAAGAAUUAUGGCUCCUAUAGCAACCAGGCAUCGGCCGCAGCUGCCACCGCUGAAUUGAGAAAGAAGCAGGAGGAGCUCAACCGCAAGGCAGAGGAGCUGGACCGGAGGGAGCGGGAGCUGCAGCACGCCGCCCUGGGGGGCACAGCCACGCGACAGAAAAACUGGCCUCCACUACCUUCGUUUUGCCCGGUUCAGCCCUGCUUUUUCCAGGACAUCUCCAUGGAAAUCCCUCAAGAUUUUCAGAAGACGGUAUCCACCAUGUACUACCUCUGGAUGUGCAGCACCCUGGCGCUUCUCCUGAACUUCCUGGCCUGCCUGGCCAGCUUCUGCGUGGAGACCAACAAUGGCUCAGGCUUUGGGCUGUCUAUCCUCUGGAUCCUUCUCUUCACUCCCUGUUCCUUCGUUUGCUGGUACCGCCCCAUGUAUAAGGCUUUCCGGAGUGACAGUUCCUUCAAUUUCUUCGUUUUCUUCUUCAUUUUCUUUGCACAGAACGUGCUCUAUGUCCUUCAGGCCAUUGGCAUUCCUGGAUGGGGGUUCAGUGGCUGGAUCUCUGCCCUGGUGGUGCUGAAAACCAACACGGCCGUAGCUGUGCUCAUGCUGCUGGUGGCCCUGUUCUUCACUGGCAUCGCUGUGCUGGGAAUUGUGAUGCUAAAGCGGAUCCAUUCCUUGUACCGCCGCACAGGUGCCAGCUUUCAGAAGGCCCAGCAGGAGUUUGCAGCUGGUGUCUUCUCCAACCCUGCGGUGCGAACUGCCGCGGCCAAUGCAGCCGCUGGGGCUGCCGAAAAUGCCUUCCGGGCCCCCUGACCCCACGGGGUGCCUGGCCUUGCCGCCCCAGGGUGCCCGCAAGGCCCCUGUCCGGGACUCCGAAACACAUCACUACUUGAUGUUUCUUCUGUAGCGCCCCCCAAUCCCACGGCCGUGACUGCUGAACCUGACUAAGGGGUGCGGGGUGCCCACUGUGACUGUCACCGCUGCCACCUUCUUACACACCCCAGCCCAGUCUCCCUCCGCUGUGCCAAGGCUGUUGCUUCGGUUAUUUAAAUAAAAAAAAAAAAAG